GCGCGCCCCCGGCGGGGCGCGGACGUCCCCAGGCUCCAUUUCCGGGCGGUGCGCGAGGCUCCACGGGUCCGGGUAGUCCUCGGGCCUCGGCCCUCAGCGCCCCGCCCACCGGUCCUGCCGCGCCCGGAGCGGCGCUUGGACCGCGGAGCACAGGAGCCGUGGGGAGAACCCUGCGCCAGAGCCUUCAACACCAUGAUGUCCAUCAGGCAAAGAAAAGGAGCCAAGGCCUCGGAAGUGUCUGAGGAUGGCGCCGCCCAGCAGGAGAGUGUGACACCGGAACGUGAGGUGCCGUCUGGAGGCUGUACCGGGAGAAGACUGUGGCAGAUCCUGUCACUCACAGCCGGUGGAGCCAUAGCCCUCUGUGCUGGAGUGCUGACCUCCGUCUACCUGGCCACUCUACAUGAAAAUGACCUGUGGUUUUCGAACAUUAAGGAGGUGGAGCGGGAGAUCUCCUUCCGGACCGAGUGCGGGCUGUACUACUCCUACUACAAGCAGAUGCUGCAGGCGCCCAGCCUCCUGCAAGGUUUUCACGGCCUCAUGUACGACAACAAAACCGAAUCCAUGAGGACAAUCAACCUCCUGCAGCGAAUGAACAUUUACCAGGAGGUUCUCCUCAGCGCUCUGUACCGAGCCCUGCCCGUGCAGAAGUACCUGGAGCCGGUCUAUUUUUACAUCUACACCCUGUUCGGGCUCCAGGCGGUCUACGUCGCGGCCCUCUACGUGACCAGCUGGCUCCUCAGCGGCACGUGGCUGGCGGGGCUGCUGGCCGCGUGCUGGUACGUCACCAACAGAGUCGACACGACCCGGGUAGAGUUCACCGUCCCGCUGCGGGAGAACUGGGCGCUGCCCUUCUUUGCCGUCCAGGUGGCGGCCGUCACGUACUUCCUGAGGCCCAACCUGCGGCCUCUGUCUGAGAGGCUGGCCCUUCUCGCCAUUUUCGUGUCGACCUUCGUCUUCAGCCUGACCUGGCAGUUCAAUCAGUUCACGAUGCUGCUGCAGGCGCUGGGGCUGUUCGCCCUGGACUCCCUGGAUAUGCUGCCGGCCCUGAAGGUGACGUGGCUGUACGCGAUUCAGGUCGCAGCUCUGCUCCUGGUCUGCGCCCUUCAGUUCUUCAACUCCAUGAUUCUUGGGUCGCUGCUCAUCAGUUUCAACCUCUCAGUGUUGAUUGUACGAAGACUUCAGAAAGAUCUGAAGACUGGAAACCUCCUUAGCAGGCUUGGGAAGCUGUCGCUACACUUACUCGUGGUCGUGUGUUUGACGGUUUUCCUCAACAACGUCACCAAGAAAACCCUCAACCUGAAGUCAGACGAGCACGUGUUUAAGUUUCUGAAAGCAAAGUUUGGCUUCGGAGCGACAAGAGACUUCGACGCCAACCUGUACCUCUGCGAAGAGGCCUUUGGCCUCCUGCCCUUGGACACCUUCGGGAGGCUCUCGGACACCCUGCUUUUCCACGCCCACGUGUUCGUCCUGGGCGUCACCGCGGCGGCCGCGCUGGCCGUCGCCUUCCGCAACCUCAGCGGCUCUCCCGGCCGGCCGCCCCAGGAGGCCGGAGCCUGCACUGUCAGCCUGCGGCCAGAGACCGCCUACAACUUGAUGCACACCAUCCUGUUUGGGUUCCUGGCCCUGAGCACGAUGAGGAUGAAGUACCUGUGGACGCCGCACCUGUGCGUGUUCGCAGCCUCUGGCCUGUGCAGCGCGGAAGUGUGGGGGCCGCUUCUGAGGGUGGCCCGCCUGUACACCCCAGCGAGGAUGUGCGUAUUGCGGUAUUCAGUUCCGAUGCUGAUCCUGCUCUCGCUGUGCUACAAGUUCUGGCCAGGAAUGAUGGAUGAGCUGUCGGAGUUGAGGGAAUUCUAUGACCCAGAUACAGUGGAGCUGAUGGACUGGAUUAAGGCUAACACCCCAGGGACGGCGGUGUUUGCUGGGAGCAUGCAGCUGCUGGCCGGGGUCAAGCUGUGCACGGGCCGGACCCUCACCAACCACCCCCACUACGAGGACAGCGGCCUGCGGGCCCGGACCAAGGCCGUCUACCAGAUCUAUGCGAAGAGGCCCCCGGAGGAGGUGCACACCCUGCUGCGGGCCCUGGGCGCCGACUACGUCAUCCUGGAGGACAGCGUCUGCUACGAGCGGCGGCACCGGCGUGGCUGCCGGCUGCGGGACCUGCUGGACGUGGCCAACGGGCACGUGAUGGACGGCCCAGGGGAGAACGAGCCGGACCUGAGGCAGGCCGCCCACCCCCGCUUCUGCGAGGAGGUCCGGCGGGACCUGCCCGCCUACACGCAGCUCUUCACGCGGGUGUUCCAGAACAAGACGUUCCACGUGUACAGGCUGGCCCGGGACCCGUGACCGCCGCCUCUUCCGUGCCGGCGGUGGACCUCCCUCGCAGUGACCCUCCGCAGACGGCGUUUCGGGGGCGACGAGGCGGCCCGGACCCUCGUGCUGGGACGCCGUCUGAGGGCCGGCCCGCAGGUGUUUACACGGCCCCUCCCGUCCGUGGAGCGCCCCGCACCGGCUCAGGGCCGUCCCGCGCGCCUGUGUCUCCCUCCCACGCUCUCCAGCUGCGUGCGGUCGGCGCCCGCAGAGCGGCCGAGGGCUCUGUGGUCGGGACAGCGCCUGCCCCCCGGGUGGCCGGCGCGGCCCGUCCCCUGGUUCCCUGUGCUGGGCUGGGAGCCUGCGGGUCUCCAGUGGGCUGGAGCCAGCGGCGGUCACGACGCACCGCGGGACCCGUGCCCCGGGCACCGACUGUUGCCCCCUCGCGAGGCCCAGCCGGUGGCUCUGUGAGAGCCCUUCAUCGACCGCCCUGCUCCACCUAGAAGUUUUAUAAUGUUUUCCAACCAUCGCGCUUUUAACAUUUCAAAACAAAUCACGUUAGGUCUUUGUAACUGAAUCUCUCCUUUGUGCUCCGUCUGGGACGUGAUGUGUCACGUGCCGUGUGCUUUGCCCGUGCGGACACGGGUGGCUCCCAGGCCCACACGGCAGACUCCAAAGGGCAGCAGUGCGUGUGGUCACGUGUGAUCGCGUGUGCCGUCACCGUCCCACGUGGCUGUUCUCAACCCUGCAUUCCAUGUCACCGGUCCCACCAGAAAGAGCACUUUUCUUCAUUUCUUACUUGUUUAAAUUGACUGGGUUUGCAAAAUUUUGUAAACAUUUUGUUUUUAGCCUUUGUAUUUUUUACAGCCUAGAACCUUGCAGAAUCUGAAUAUUUUUAGAAUAUUGUACCUUGACA